CUGCAUGUCAUUGUAACAUUUGAGACGUUCUCCUGCGACAGCAGCAACAGCAGACAAACUACGACAUCAUCAGAAGUCUAGUCAUGGCUGAGGAACCAGUCCGUGGAGACAACAUCUCCUCAUCAGGCACUGUAGCCUUCACAGCCAAGCUGAAUGUUGAUGACAGCUAUCCCUGCUUCUCUGGAGUCCUGAAGUUUGCUACACUUCUGGUCAAUGAGGGAGGAGGCUACAAUCCUGAGAGUGGUGUCUUCACGUGUCCUAAGGAUGGCCUCUAUCACUUCUCUGUGCAUGUGUCUGUGUAUGGGCGCGGCCAGUGUGCCAUAUUCAAAAAUGGAGAGAAAGUGGUGUCUCUGUAUCACACCUCUCUGCCUGAUAAAUGUAGUCAAGUGGCCAGUGUCAGCAGUGUGAUCAAGCUGAAGAGAAAUGACGAGGUCUGGGUGAAUCUCUGGGGGCCUGGCAGAAAUGACAUAUUUGCAACUGAAGAUAAUGACACUGUCUUUGUUGGGUUUCUUUUGGGUUGAUGACCAAAGAGUCAAAAUGUCAAUAAUGUUCCUGACUGAGCUUUUUGUUUUCCAUGACCACUUUAGGCUCCUCUGAAGAACUUCCAGCUUAUAUUGAUUAUGGUUCUCCCUGUUGAAAAAGUACUUGUACAUCUCUGUUGAUUUUGUCCUGUGCAUGUGUAUGAAAAUGACAAAUUCUCACCCUGCUGUCUUUUUUUACAAACUAAUGUAUCACUCAUUGAGGAUAUUUACUGUGGAAAAGGGACAAAGGUGGUGUUUUCAGAG